CAUUCAUGCUCGCUCGCUCUCUCGUCGUAAAACAAUGAAUAAAAUCUGCACUGGUGUGAUUCAAUGAGCUUUUCCUGUCAAAAACAACAGGGAGCAGAAAUACGGAAGACCAAAAACAAAAUUUUCCACUAUUUUGUGAGGAAAAAAAAAUCCUUCUAACAACCUGUGGCCACGUCCGGAACACGCCAUUCUUCCAUCGUCUAUCGUCAUCGGCGGCAGCAGCAGCAUAAUCGGUUUCGUUCACCACAGUGACACGGUGCUAUCCGUUUUGGAAAUCUUUGUUGUGUGUAGUUUCAUGCACGGGAGGUGGUGUUGUUAGUUUUAGCUCGGGGGACACUUUGUUUUUUUUUUUUCACAACCCCAGGGGGCAGCCUGUAGCAGCUGUACACAUCCGGCCCGGUGCAAUAGGAAACGAAGACAAAGGGGGAACUUUUGAUACGGUUCCAAGUGGAUUCUACGUCGGUAAAGAUACGGCGUAGCUGUACCGUAAAUACACCGAGCUGCUUCCAGUCAGCUGUAGCUGUGGUAGUAGUGACCCGCACCGAUAUUAGGCACCAAUCAUGUUCAGCUUCGACGGAGAAUUUCGUCGCCGUCCGCAGCAAAACCUUGGCGGUGCUUCACUGAAAACGGACCGCCUGACAACGAUCCGGAAGGCACAGCAGGAACGUCAAAAGCGCGAGGAAGCCCGUCGGCAUCAGUGCGGUGCGAUCGUCAUACAGUCCGCCGUCCGCAGCUUCGUGCAGCGGCAACACACAAAGCAGCGCGAACGGGACAAGUUUGACGAGUACCGGAAGGUGAACGGUGCCAUACGCAACGGGCAGGAUCUGGAGUAUUACAGCAAACGGAUCAUCUUUUUCUAUCAGCACCGUACCGCCCAGGAUGGGGAACGUUUGAUCUUUCUCUGCCAGUUCAUGAUCAAAAACCCUGGCGAGGUGUUCAAGCUGCUCGAUCGUGACCCGAUCUGGACGUAUCGCAUCAAACGAUUGCUUGGACUGUGUCUAGGGCAAAUUUUACUUCCAGAAUGUUCGCCGACCAUACCGAUGCGCAUGCUGGAGAUUUAUUCCUCGAACACAUACAUUACGAAGCAUGUCCCACCGGCCGGAACAGAUCACGCCCAGUACAUCCAGCAGUACCUCGUCUCCAUCUACAGCCAUCUGAUCGAGCACCGCUACUUCUGCGUUGUGCGGCAGCUGAUCGAGGAGAAGCUGCCGGCCGUUGAUAUGGAUACAACGACGCUGGCUACUCCGAUUGCGGAAGCACUGUUCGAUAUGCUGCUGCGCCCGCUGCAGCUUAUCGAUCCGGAAGCACGCGAUCUGCUAAGCCGCCAGAUACUGCAAUCCUUCACCUUCAAUGUGCUCUCCCCGCAUCAUUUGUCCGACCAGGUGAAACACUACGUGUUGCCGGCAUUGGGCGAACGGAAAGACUUCCCGUACUGGACGCUGGUGCACUGCAUCGCGGAUGAGUAUCAGGGACAGUUGGACUAUCGGAACGCGAUACUGGUCGAUCUGACGGACGAUACGAUGGGCUCGACGCAUGGCACGGUGCGCCUGGGUGGAACGGCGAAAAAGGCACGCAAGGAUCAGUCGCAGGACGAGCGGCUACUGUUAACCAGCUCAUUGUUGUACGCGUUUCUAAAGCUCGACGAGCGGCACUUGAAUGAAACAUCGAAUUCUAAAGAGCACUUCAGUGCCUACCUCAAGGUGGUCGCCUCCAUGGUGGACAACAUUACCAAACUACCUCGGAAAGCGAUCCGUUCGUCCAUUAACCGGCCACUGGACGAUUCGAGCGAUUCCGACUCGGAUGGGGAGGACGGGCCGACGCUGAGCCCGCGAGAAGCGGCCCUCCUGCACGCCAUCAUCGGAAUGCUGAACGAGCGGCGUCGGGUUUCGUACAUCGUACGCAUGAUCGAUGUGGUGCUGGAUGAUCCGAUGGCGGUACAGAACCUGUGUCAAAUCUGUCACCAGCUUAUGACCUACAACCGGAUGGCGGUGUACGAGUACAAGCUGCUGUACAUGCUAGCUUCGAAACCGCUCAUCAUCCGGGGACUAUGGUACACGCUGACGGCGCACACGAUGGGCCCACUGUUUAGCUCCCCAAUAGUGCGUCUCUCGAAGGGAAUUAACAUUUCAAAGGAAGAUUCCGACCGUAUCAUUCCGAUACUGGCCUCCUUCUGCGCGCUGUUCGGCCGGCUCAUCGCCUCCCUGCACGACGGUGAGUUCGUGCAGGAAAACGUGCUGCCCGGCACGGUCAGCAACAUCAUGCCGUUCAGCAUACCGGAGCUGAUUCCGCUCAGCACGACGCUGAAGGAAAUAUCGCUCGGGCUCGUCGAGCUUGCAUUCCCCGAGACGCGGUCCAAUCUGCACGAAACGUACCGUACGAUGAUAUCCUCCCUCAGUGCGGCCGAAGCCCGUGGUUUCGGCACCCACCACAAACAGCGCCAGCAGCUUCACGAACAAAACCGCCAAAUAUGGCCCCAUCUGCUGAAGGUGUGCGUGUCGCUGCUGCGCCAAAUACACACACGCGAUCUGCGACGUUGCUUCUGCCCCGAGGGACACUGGACGGCACAGCAUCUUAACCUGCCGCUGGACAAACCGGCCGAUUUACAUCUAUCCCGUGGUUCGCGCCGUGGUCCGCGGCCCUUCCAACCGAUACGCGACUUUACGCGGGAAGACAUUGAGGAUGGUCCGCCGCUUUCCACCAAGCAGAUCCGCUCGAUAACGAUCCUGCGGGAGAUUCCGUUCGUGGUGCCGUUCAACACGCGGGUCGGUGUGUUUCAGGGGCUCGUGUCGGCGGACAAGCUGCGGACGCAGGGCGAUUUGCAGGGUUUCUUGCAGGGGCCGUCAAUUAACAUUACGGUGCGGCGGUCCCAUCUGUACGGCGAUGCGUUCGAUAAGCUAAGUCCAGUCAAUGAGCCCGAUCUAAGGCCCAAGUUUCGUAUCGAAAUGGUCAACUCGGUCGGGUUGCGUGAGGCCGGCAUCGAUGGUGGUGGCGUGUUUCGCGAAUUUCUGUCCGAGCUAAUCAAACUGGCGUUCGAUCCUCAUCGCGGAUUUUUCAUGAUAACAAAGGACAACAUGCUUUACCCGAAUCCAUGCGUGGGUAAGAUUGUGGAAGACUUCCAGCGUCACUACUACUUCAUCGGGCGCAUCCUCGGGAAGGCGCUGUACGAAAACCUGCUGGUGGAGCUACCGUUGGCCGAAUUUUUCCUCUCGAAACUGGCCGGCAAACAUUCGGACGUGGACGUUCACCAGCUAGCCUCGCUGGAUCCCGUGUUGUACAGAAAUUUAAUGUCUCUGAAGGCUUACGAAGGGGACGUGGCUGAUUUAGGAUUAGAUUUUACUAUCGUCUGUGAUGCGUUAGGAGAAACAAAGGUAGAGGAACUAAAGCCGAACGGUGCCAACAUCAUCGUGAACUCAUCGAACCGAAUCGAGUACAUCCAGCUGAUGGCAGACUUCAAGCUGAACCAGCAGAUCCGGGCCCAGUGUGCCGCCUUCCGGCAAGGGUUGGCCAACGUGCUCCCGAUCGAGUGGCUGUACAUGUUCAGCAACAAGGAGCUGCAGGUGCUAAUAUCGGGCGCGGAGAUACCGGUCGAUGUGCACGACCUGCGGCAACACACCCGGUACGGUGGUGACUUUUCGAUCGAACAUCACACGAUCCAACUGUUCUGGAAGGUGGUGGAACAGUUCGAUGACAUCCAGCGGCGGCUGCUGCUAAAGUUCGUAACGAGCUGCUCGAGACCGCCGCUGCUCGGCUUCAAGGAUCUCGACCCACCGUUCUACAUACAGAACGCGGGGGACACGGACCGGCUGCCGUCGGCCAGUACGUGCAUGAAUCUGUUAAAGCUACCGGCGUUCGAGGAGGAGGAUAUACUGCGGGAAAAGCUGCUGUACGCAAUUCAGAGCGGUGCUGGGUUUGAGCUGAGUUAAGAUACUGGCCAGGGCCCUCUUUUUUUAGUGGGGAGAAGGAGGAGGAUGAUGAUGAUGGUGAAUCGACGGGCAACGUUCUUAUGAUGAGAGUGGUGUGGAGGCUUACAAUUGUGCAAACAGUAGCAAAACCCUGUUCCCUGCGAAUUCCCCCCCUUUCAUUUCGGAGUGAAACUAGUAUAAAGCAGAAACGGUCGGUGGGAUACCCAGUUAUGUGUGAGAGAGAGUACACGGGAAAAUCAAAUACAAAAUACGAUCGGGAGUGAGUGAGAAUAAAGGAGAGAAAUGUAUACACAGCA